CCCCUCUCCUCACUUUUUUGCCUGCGCGCUCGCACGACUCGGACGGGACCCACGGCCGCGGAAUGGAGUCGGACAGCAACCAGAGCAACCUGACCGCCGCGGACUCGCCGCACGACCCCUGCAAAAUGUUCAUCGGCGGUCUCAGUUGGCAGACCACUCAAGAGGGUUUGAAGGACUACUUCUGCAAGUUUGGAGAAGUGAAGGAGAGCAUGGUGAUGAGGGAUCCAGUUACCAAGCGCUCCAGGGGGUUUGGGUUUGUGACGUUUGCAGACCAGGCUGGUGUGGAUAAAGUGCUGGCCCAGACCAGACAUGAACUGGACUCUAAAACAAUCGACCCAAAAGUGGCAUUCCCUCGCCGAGCCCAGCCCAAGCUGGUGACCAGGACGAAGAAGAUCUUUGUUGGGGGUUUGUCAGUCAACACCACAGUUGAAGAUGUGAAGCAGUACUUUGAUCAGUUUGGGAAGGUGGAUGAUGCCAUGCUUAUGUUUGAUAAGACCACCAACAGACACAGAGGGUUCGGCUUUGUGACAUUUGAGAACGAGGAUGUGGUGGAGAAAGUGUGUGAGAUCCAUUUCCACGAAAUCAACAACAAAAUGGUGGAGUGUAAGAAGGCCCAGCCAAAAGAGGUGAUGUCACCAGCAGGGUCAUCGAGGGGGCGUGCCCGGGUCAUGCCCUAUGGGAUGGAUGCCUUCAUGCUAGGCAUAGGCAUGCUGGGCUAUCCUGGUUUUCAGGCAGCAGCCUAUUCUGGGCGCAGUUACACUAGUCUGACCCCUGGCUACACGUAUCAGUUCCCCGAAUUCCACUUAGAGAGGACCCCCCUCCUGACAUCACCACACCCCCCUGAGCUCACAGCCAUCCCUCUGACAGCAUAUAACCCAAUGGCAGCUGCUGCAGCUGCAGCAGCUGUGGUCCGAGGCUCCGCCCCCUCUCGCUCUGCUGGAUUUCUUAGCACCAGCAGCCCUGGGCCAAUGGCAGAGCUGUACGGAACAACCAGUCAGGACUCAACAGUCAGUAGCUACAUCAGCGCUGCAAGUCCCGCCCCCAGCACUGGAUUCAGUCACAGCCUCGGGGGUCCUCUGAUCGCUACGGCAUUUACCAAUGGCUACCACUGAGCUGGUGGCAGGGUGGACAGAUGGAGCUGCACCUGUCCCACGCGUCCCCAGUGUUUCCCGCAUUGCUGUCCCAUCACCUGUACUAACACUCUUGUCUGUCUGUUCCACUCUGAACGGAAGGACAUGUACAUAUUUAGAUUAUUCUCUGGUUCAAAGUGUUUUCUUUCCUGCUGUUUUAAUCUGCCUGUAUGUUUCUCUUCCACUUCCAUCGUCCUGAUGUUCUGUUUACUGGACAUGUUGUUUCCUUUUUUAUGAAACUAUUCACGUGUUUUGAGGCACUGUAGGUUUACAGUUGUAGAAGUUUAGAUGUUUAACAGUUUUAUGGGAACAAAGAUGUGUCCUGGGUUUUGGGUACAUUUUUUGAAAAGUAUGUGAUGAAUUUCAGAUGAAACAUUUUCUACAAAAGAAAAUAUUGGAAGGAAUGUCAAAAUGUAUAUUUUGGUAGUUUUGGAACUGGAUUUGUGAUGUUGAUCUUGAUCAUAGCAAUGAUAUUAACAUGAUAUUAACCGAGGACAUGUUUUUCAUUCAGAGUUAGAUUUGACCCUUUUGUCUUGUAAAGGAUUUUAAGUCUUUUGGAUCUUACUGAGAUCACUAGGAAAACAUCUGUGAUGUGUGAUUUUUGUGUGAAUCUUACACACUUAACACACAAGAUGGUCUUGUUUCUCUAAAUGUAAUAUUUUGACCUUUUUUAACUUGAAAUGUUUUUGUUUUGUGUGUUGCUGAGGAAAGUGAACUAUGAAUGACAAGCUACUAAUAACGCUGGAGGUGUGGGUGUGUGUGGGUGUGGGUGUGGGUGUGUGUGUGUGUGUGUGUGUGUGUGUGUGUGUGUGUGUGUGUGUGUGUGUGUAAUUAGUGCUGUCAUGGUCUAAUGUAUUCCCUUGUAUAAGAGGAUUUAAAAUGUGAAUUUAAUAUUUUUUCCUAACAUCCACAUUAUGCUGUAAACUGUCAAGUUCACUGUUUAUGCCAUACACAUUUGACCAUUGCUUUUGUGUCCUUCAUCCUAAGGUCACUCUGUUGACCCUAAGUUCACUCUGCUGAUUCUAAGGUCACUCUGUUGACCCUAAGGUCACUCUGCUGAUCCUAAGGUCACUCUGUUGACUCUAAGGUCACUCUGCUGAUCCAAAGGUUACUCUGUUGACCCUAAGGUUACUCUGCUGAUCCUAAGGUUACUCUGUUGACCCUAAGGUUACUCUGUUGAACAAACUAUUGUUUAAAAAAACCUGUCCCUAUUGGACAAAAUGAAUCACUGCAAACAAUACUAACAUGAAGAAAUCAGGUUUGGGGAGAUUUUUAAAAUGACAACUUUAGGUCAGGUACUUCAACAUCUUGAUAAUGUCUCAUGUCAAGUUUCACUGUUUGUAAGAAAUGAACAUUUCAAAAAUCCUAAUAAAUUAUUUCCAAAUAUUA